GCAUUUCAUAUUUCUGAUUGGUGCCAUGGAGUACUGCACAUAAUUGCUCUUUGAAUGUUGCUAUUAUACUAAUAUAAACUCUAAUUUAAUGUGCGUUAAUGUCUAAUGUGCGUUAUCACACCUGUGUUCUGCACUGCCUCUGAUACUGGUCACCCAGGCCCCUGCAUUCACUAUACCUGGUCUCUCCGGACCCUGCAUUCACUAUACCUGGUCUCCCCGGAACCUGCAUUCACUAUACCUGGUCUCCCCGGACCCUGCAUUCACUAUACCUGGUCUCCCCGGACCCUGCAUUCACUAUACCUGGUCUCCCCCGGACCCUGCAUUCACUAUAUCUGGUCUCCC